AGCACUUCAUGGUUAUUUCUCACACCCUCACCCAAAAACACAGCCGGUGUAGGACAUCAGAAAGGAACUGAGAUACUCGGAAAGAUCACAUACAGACAGAAAGAGACGCAGGAGAGCGUUUCAAAGUCCAACCGAUGGCGCCUUGGAGAAAAACCAGCUCUGAAAGAUAUGGAGUUGUUAAGUGGAAUUUCAACGCCAAAGUGGAAAAGCAGUUGUCCUUGGCCGUCGGGGACACGGUCCACAUACAGGAGUCAUGUGAAGGAUGGUAUAAAGGUUACGUGAUCAAGAACAAAGAGAGAAAAGGAGCAUUUCCUGCCAACUUUAUAGUGCUUAAGGAAGUCAUCAUCGAAAAGAGAGGAGAUGAGGAGGUCAUUACCUCUGUUGAGAUGCCGCUGGUGAAGGAGGUGACCACCACACUGAGAGAAUGGGGCACCAUCUGGAAACAGCUCUAUUUGCAGUCCAGUAAGAAGGAUCGUUUCAGUCAGGUCCAGCGGCUGAUGUGGGAUUUAAUGGAGUGGCGUUCCCAGCUGCUGUCCGGGACGCUGCCGAGUGACGAGUUUAAGGAACUCAAACAGAAAGUCACCUCAAAGAUCGACUACGGAAAUAAGAUCUUGGAGCUGGAUGUGGUUGUUCGGGAUGCUGACGGGAAUAUCCUCGACCCCGAGCGAGCCAGCGUCAUCAGCCUCUUCCGAGCACACGAGGACGCCACGGUCAAGAUCACAGAGCGAAUUAAAGAGGAACAGUCCAACGUUCAGAUGGAUCAUUCCGGAGUGUCCGCACGGAUCCAGUCUUCUCCCACACACAGCCUCUAUGUGUUUGUGCGUAACUUUGUGUGUCGAAUCGGGGAGGAUUCAGAGCUCUUCAUGUCUCUGUAUGACCCCAACAAACAGACCAACAUCAGUGAGAAUUAUCUGGUCAGAUGGGGAGAUAAAGGUCUGCCGAAGGACAUUGAGAUGCUCAACAGUCUGAAGGUGGUCUUUACUGAUCUGGGGAAUAAAGACCUGAACCGAGAGAAGAUCUAUCUGAUCUGUCAGAUUGUGCGCGUGGGCCGUAUGGAUCUGAAAGACGCUCAUCAUAAGAAAUGUACGACGGGCCUGCGGAGGCCGUUUGGUGUGGCUGUGAUGGAUAUCAGCGACAUCAUCAAAGGAAAGGCAGAAUGUGAUGAAGAGAAGCAGUAUUUCAUUCCCUUUCACCCAGUCAUAGCUGAGAAUGACUUUCUGCACACUCUGCUAAACAAGGUGACGUCGUCACGAGGCGACAGCGGAGGCCAAGGUCUGUGGGUCACCAUGAAAGCUUUAGUGGGCGACAUCAUCCAGAUCCGGAAGGAAUACCCCCACCUGGUGGACCGGAGCACAGUGGUUGCGCGCAAACUGGGUUUCCCUGAGAUCAUCAUGCCGGGGGACAUCCGUAACGACAUCUACCUCACCCUGCACUCCGGGGACUUCGACAAGUACAACAAAACCACGCAGAAGAACGUGGAGGUCAUCAUGCUGGUGUGUGACGAGGAGGGGAAGAUCGUGCCGAACUCGAUCUGUCUGGGAGCUGGAGAUCGGCCUGUGAACGAGUAUAGGUCAGUCAUUUACUACCAGAUCAAACAACCUCGCUGGAUGGAGACUUUUAAGGUGGCGAUUCCUCUGGAGGAGAUGCCCAGAAUACACCUGCGCUUCAUGUUUCGUCAUCGCUCCUCACAGGAGUCGAAGGACAAGAGUGAAAGGAACUUCGCGAUGGCGUUUGUGCGUCUGAUGAAGGAAGACGGAACCGUUCUGAGAGAUGGCAUUCAUGAGCUCACCGUCUUUAAGGGGGACAGUAAGCGUAUGGAGGAGGUGAGCUCGUACCUGUCCCUGCCGUCGGAGCGCAGUCACCCUGACGGCCACAAGGGGGCGACGCUGAUGCGCAGCUCCAGUAGUGUGGGCGGCCUGUCGGUCAGCUCCAGAGACACCUUCACCAUCGCAACACUCGUCUGCUCCACCAAGCUCACGCAGAACGUGGGUUUGUUGGGUCUGCUGAAGUGGAGGACUCGUCCGGAAAUGCUGAAACAAAACCUGCAAGAACUCAAACUCAUUGAUGGAGAGGAGGUUGUGAAGUUCCUGCAGGACACCUUGGACGCCCUGUUCAACAUCAUGAUGGAGCAUUCUCAGACUGAUGACUACGAUAUUUUGGUGUUUGACGCUCUGAUCUAUAUCAUCGGUCUGAUCGCCGACAGAAAGUUUCAGCAUUUUAACACUGUGUUGGAGGCGUAUAUCAAACAACACUUCAGCGCCACACUGGCUUACAAGAAGUUGAUGUCCGUGCUAAAGACGUAUCUGGACGUGUCGAGUCGAGGAGAGGCCUGUGAACCCAUCCUGAGGACGCUCAAAGCCCUCGAGUACAUCUUCAAAUUCAUCGUCCGCUCCCGAAUGCUCUACUCUCAACUCUAUGAAGGCAAGGAACAGGCCGAGUUUGAAGAAUCUCUCAAAAGUUUAUUUGAGUCGAUCAAUAACCUGAUGAAAAGUGACUACACCACUACACUACUGCAGCAGGUGGCUGCUCUGAAGUACUUGCCCACAGUCCUGCAAGAUGUGGAGACGGUUUUCGAUGCUAAACUCCUCAGUAAGCUGUUGUAUGACUUCUACUCCUGCAUUCCCCCGGAUAAACUACAGAAACCCAAAGUGACGUCCAUGACUGAGAUAGUGAGCAGCAAACUCUUCCACAGACAAGACUGCCGGGACAUCUUGUUACCCAUGAUGCUCCGGGAGCUGAGCGAGGCGUUGGUUGUGGUGGGAGAUGCGAAUCAGGGUGAGAAGAGGAACAGCGUCGAACUCCUGAACAACAUCCUGGAAGUGCUCAGCCGCAACGACGUGGGAGACACAUUUCAGCACAUUCAGGACAUUGUGUCGUCUCUGCUGAGGACGAUAAACCGCACAGUCAUCACCAUGGGCCGAGAACACACUCUCAUCUCUCGUGUGGUGGCCUGUAUGACGGCGAUUCUCAGUCAGAUGGGAGACAAACACUAUUCCUGUUACAUCGAGACCUUCAGUGGGACCACAGACCUAGUGGACUUCCUGAUGGAGACGUUUCUGUUGUUUAAGGAUCUCAUCGGUAAACAUGUCUAUCCAUCUGACUGGGUCACCAUGAUCAUGGUGCAAAACCGAGUGUUCCUCCGAGCGAUCAACACAUACGCCGACACCAUGAACCUCAAGUUCCUCGACAACAACAACUUUGAAGUGCAGUUAUGGAAUAAUUACUUCCAUUUGGCUGUGGCGUUUAUUACCCAGGAGUCUUUGCAGUUACAGCAUUUUUCUCCCACUAAAAGGACCACGAUUUUGGCCAAAUACGGAGACAUGAGGAGGCUGAUUGGUUUCUCUAUCAGAGACAUGUGGUACAAGCUUGGCAUGAAUAAGAUCUGUUUCAUUCCCGGGAUGGUGGGUCCUAUCCUGGAGAUGACGCUCAUCCCUGAGGAAGAGCUGCGGAGAGCAACCAUCCCUAUAUUCUUUGACAUGAUGCAGUGUGAACACCACCACUCCGGACACUUUAAAAAGUUUGAGAAUGAGAUCAUUCUGAAGUUGGAUCAUGAAGUGGAAGGAGGCGGAGGAGACGAGAGAUACAUGGAGCUGCUACAGAGCAUUCUUUUAGAGUGUGCUCUGGGACGCCCCCCGUUGGUGACCGAGGUGCAACACUUCGUUACCCUGGUGACCGGCCUCCUCGAGCGUCUCCUUGACUACCGUACGGUGAUGAGUGAUGACAGCCGGAACAACCGCAUGAGCUGCACUGUCAAUCUUCUGAAUUUCUACAAGGACAUCAACCGUGAGGGGAUGUACAUCAGGUAUCUGUACAAAUUACGGGAUCUUCAUUUGGAUGGAGAGAACUACACAGAGGCGGCGUACACACUCCUGCUGCACUCCAAACUGCUGAAGUGGUCAGAGGAACAGUGUGCUCUUCAACUGGACUAUCAGACGCCUCAGUCCCAGCGCCAGCUCAAAGAAACACUCUACGACACCAUCAUCAGCUACUUCGACAAGGGCAAGAUGUGGGAGGAGGCCAUCACGCUGUGUAAGGAGUUGGCGGAUCAGUACGAGAUGGAGGUCUUCGAUUACGAGCUGCUCGGACAGAAACUGAAUCAGCAAGCCAAGUUUUACGAGAACAUUAUGAAGAUCCUGCGGCCCAAGCCGGACUACUUCGCUGUGGGAUAUUACGGAUGCGGGUUCCCUCAGUUCCUCAGGAAUAAGGUUUUCAUUCACCGUGGGAAGGAGUACGAGCGCAGGGAAGAUUUCCAGAGUCAUUUGAUGAGUCAGUUUCCCAGCGCUGUGAGACUCAACAUCACCACCAUGCCUGGAGACGACAUUAAAAACUCAAACAUGCAGUAUAUCCAGUGUUUUACAGUCCAGCCGGUUCUCGAGAUCCCGCCACGGCUGAAGAACAAACCCGUCCCUGAUCAGAUCAUCAAUUUCUACAAGUCGAACUACGUCCAGCGGUUCCAGUAUUCCAGACCCGUGAGGAAAGGGAAAGUGGAUCCUGAUAAUGAGUUUGUUUCGAUGUGGAUCGAACGCACCACGUUCAUAACGGCGUAUAAACUCCCAGGAAUCCUGCGCUGGUUUGAGGCCAUUAGCAUGACCCACACGACGGUGAGUCCGCUGGAGAACGCUCUGGAGACGAUGGGACAAACCAAUGAGAAGAUCCUCACCAUGAUCAACCAGUACCAGUGUGACGACACAUUACCCAUAAACCCCCUCUCCAUGCUGCUCAACGGCAUCGUGGAUCCCGCCGUCAUGGGCGGCUUCGCCAAAUACGAGAAGGCGUUCUUCACGGAGGAAUACACACACGAACAUCCUGAUGACAGAGACAAACUCAUGAGGCUCAAAGACCUCAUCGCAUGGCAGAUCCCGUUGCUGGGCAGAGGAAUCAGUCUGCAUGGGAAAAGAGUGACCGAUGACCUUCGACCUUUCCACGAGCGCAUGGAGGAGUGCUUCAAACAGCUGAGGAAGAAGGUGGAGAAGGAGUAUGGAGUGAGAGAGCUGCCGGAUAUGGACGAGAGACGGUCCACUCGCCCGCGCUCGAUGCUGCGCUCGGUCCGACAGUCCAUCUGCUCACUGGCUGGAUCUGAAUGUGGAACGCCCACUAAGACACACCCAGAGAGUUUGUCUAUGGACAGUGGCCCUCCUCUGUCUCCGUCCAUCAUCCCUCAUUCCAGUGGAAGUAUCAGUGUGAUGGAUGAGAGCGGUGUUGAAGUGGAGGUGAAACUGAGGAAAUCCAAGAAGAAGAAGAAGCCCGGCCGCGGCAGCAUGAUCUUCAUCAGCGAAGAGAAAGAGCGGAGCAGCACCCUCGACAAACGGCUCUCCAAGAAGCAGGAGUUUCGCAGCGACACGAACCUGUCAGAGCCGAACAUGAGCGGCAGCGGCCUCGUCAACUCCAGAUCUCUGCCUACUAUCACAGGUCUGUCUCUGUCAGUAGCCAAUGGGAGUGAGGAGGCGGAGUCAGCGCGGUCCAAGCGUGACAGUAAGAGUGUGUCUGUGUGUCUGCCGUCUGACCGCACGAGUGACCGUCGCUCCAAAGGAGUCAUAAACCUGCUCUUCAAGACCAAGCAUAGCUCCAAAGCUGAAGAAGCAAAACCCUCUUCUGAGGCGUCUCAUGAUGCGUCCACUCAUCGCUUUUGAGUCGUUUGUCUCCUAAUGUUCUUUACAUUUUUGCUUUUGUUUCUGCUGUUUUAACUAUGAAGACAAAUGCUUUAUUAAUCUGAUAAAGUUACUGAGGAUUUCCUCCUGUUUCAUCUUAAACUGUAAUAAAUUUCAACUCUGAUUUCAUUGAAUGUGUUUGAAACAAACUUUAAUGAAAUGAAGUCAUGAUUUGUCUUGAUUGUGCCUUGAAAGUCGUGCUGUGCUGUCAGCAAUAAACUUAUUUUGGACUCAUAUUUGGAAUACAUUUAAUUAUUAAUAUUAUGGGCAACAUUGGUCAUAUGUUUUAAUUGAAGGACAGGAAUGUUUGUUUAAUAAAAAGGGAAGCAGAACGGUUC